AUGCGCAGAGGCCAGGCGUGUCGUUGCAUCGGUUACAUCCCCGUGUCUUCGGAGUGUGGUCUGGUCCCUGAUCUCUCCGCACACACUGUCUUUGUCGCCGCGGAGCAUCCAGCAGCAUCCAACCAUCACCACGGAGAGCGCAUUACGCACACGGACCACGAGGUUUCGGUGCUUUCGUCUGCUUCACCCCUCCCUGCAGCAUGCCUGCUCCGGUGGGUGGGCCAGCCGGUCUUCUUCAAGGAGAUUGAGGCGAUCUUUGAUGCUACUCCCAGCCAGGUGUCAUGGAUAUCCUCCAUUAUGCUGGCCGUCAUGUAUGCUGGAGGCCCCAUCAGCAGCAUCCUGGUGAACCGCUUCGGCAGUAGACCCAUCAUCAUGGCGGGGGGCUGUCUGGCAGGCUCUGGGCUCGUCGCUGCCUCCUUCUGCAACACAGUUGAACAGCUCUACUUCUUUAUUGGAGUUGUUGGAGGUCUGGGCCUGGCCUUCAACCUGAACCCUGCUUUGACCAUGAUUGGGAAAUACUUCUACAAGCGCCGUCCGAUCGCUAACGGCAUCGCCAUGGCGGGAAGCCCCGUGUUCUUGUCCACACUGGCCCCUCUGAACACCUGGCUGUACGACUCGUUUGGCUGGAGAGGGAGCUUCCUCAUUCUGGGGGGACUUCUGCUCAACUGCUGCGUGGCUGGAUCACUCAUGCGCCCCAUUGGACCCAAGCCGCUUCCGCCGUCUCCCAUGUGCGAGGUGAAGGAGAAGCAAGACAAGAAAACGGUGCUUCAAACCAUCAACUCGUUCAUUGAUCUGACGCUGUUUAAGCACAGAGGGUUCCUGCUGUACCUGUCCGGAAAUGUCGUGAUGUUUUUUGGCUUGUUUGCGCCACUGGUGUUUCUGACAAACUAUGCAAAAAGCAAGGACAUCAGCAAAGAGAAGGCCGCGUUCCUGCUUUCGGUGCUGGCCUUUGUGGACAUGGUGGCGCGUCCGUCCAUGGGGCUGUUGGCCAAUACGAAGUGGGUGCGGCCACGAGUGCAGUACUUCUUUGCCGCGGCAGUGCUGUACAACGGGGUGUGUCACGUGUUGGCGCCCAUCUCAGUGGACUAUACCGGCUUUGUCAUCUACGCCAUCUUCUUCGGUUUUGCAUUCGGCUGGCUGAGCGCGGUGCUGUUCGAAACGUUGAUGGACCUGGUGGGCACACAUAGGUUUUCGUCGGCCGUGGGGCUGGUGACCAUCGUGGAGUGCGGGCCUGUACUACUGGGACCUCCACUCACAGGCAGCUUCUACAACUACUACCAACACUACGACUACACGUACAUCUCAUCAGGCAUCAUCCUAAUUGUGGCCAGCCUCAUCCUCUUCUUGGGCAUGGGCAUAAACUACCGGCUGCUGGCGCGUGAGAAGAAAGCAGAGGAGCAGCGUGAGAAAGAGCAGCCCAAAGAGGAGUGCGAAGCCAUGCUCCCUCCAGCAUCUCCAGCCAAAUUGGACAGCGGCAAUGACAAGGCCACCCCAGCUACAGUCACUUUAGCAGAUGUGGCCAGGAUGGACGAAGAUACAGUUUAG